AUGGGUGCCAACGAGGCGAGCUCGACAUACCGCUACAAUGAGAAGCCCAUCUACACAACAUCCAAUGGUGCUCCCAUCAAUAAUCCGGAGGGAUGGCAGCGUCCUGGACCGAUGGGGCCCUUGUUACUACAGGACUUUCAUCUCAUCGAUUCCCUAGCUCAUUUUGAUCGCGAACGUAUUCCGGAACGAGUCGUCCAUGCCAAAGGCGCCGGUGCAUACGGCGAAUUCACAGUCACCCACGACGUCACUGACAUCACCAGCGUGAACAUGUUCAACCAAAUCGGCAAGCAGACGCCAUGUGUCGCGCGCUUCUCCACCGUUGGUGGCGAAAAGGGAUCUGCAGACUCUGCCCGUGAUCCGCGAGGCUUCUCCGUGAAAUUUUACACCGAAGAGGGUAACUUUGACUGGGUCUACAAUAACACGCCAAUCUUCUUCCUUCGAGAUCCCACCAAGUUCCCGUUGUUCAUCCACACGCAGAAGCGCAACCCGCAGACCAACCUCAAAGAUGCCACCAUGUUCUGGGAUUACCUCUCAACUCACCAGGAAGCCAUCCAUCAAGUCAUGCACCUCUUCUCAGACAGAGGAACGCCUUACUCGUACCGCCAUAUGAACGGAUAUUCCGGCCAUACGCACAAGUGGACCAAGCCAGACGGCAGUUUCGUAUACACCCAGGUACACCUCAAGACGGACCAAGGCAGCAAGACCUUCACCAAUGAGGAAGCCGGCAAAAUGGCCGCCGAAAAUCCGGAUUGGCACACGCAGGAUCUCUUUGAGGCCAUCAAGAAGGGUGAACACCCCAGCUGGACUGUCUACGUGCAAGUCCUCACGCCACAGCAGGCUGAAAAGUUCCGCUGGAACAUCUUCGACCUGACCAAGGUCUGGCCGCAAAAGGAGGUGCCACUCCGACCAGUCGGGAAGCUCACCCUCAACAGAAACGCCGAUAACUACUUCGCCGAGAUCGAGCAAGUCGCCUUUUCGCCGUCCCACCUCGUCCCCGGAAUCGAGCCGUCCGUAGACCCCGUCCUGCAGUCCCGUCUCUUCUCAUACCCGGACACACAUCGCCACCGCUUAGGUACAAACUACCAACAGAUUCCCGUAAACAAGCCCCUAAAUGCUUUCAACCCUUUCCAAAGAGAUGGUGGCAUGGUUGUCAACGGCAACUACGGCGCCAAUCCCAAUUAUCCAAGCUCUUAUCGGUCACUGACCUACAAGCCCGUCACGCCGAGCGUCACACAUGAGCAGUGGUCUGGUGCAGCUGUCCACGCUCUCUUUGGCGAUGUGACGGAUGAGGACUUUGUCCAGGCCACAGGGCUGUGGGAGGUGUUGGGACGUACGCCUGGCCAGCAGGAGAAUUUCAUUUCGAACGUGGCAGGCCACUUGUCUGCUGCCCAUGUUGAUACACGCAAGAGAACCUAUGAAAUGUUUAAGAGGGUGGACAAUGGACUCGGGAACGCUAUUGAGGAGCAGACUGAGAAAUUAGCCUAG